AGGACAGCUGUAUGUAUGAGUCUGAAUGUGAGUAUUUGCGCGUGUGAGUAGAUUGGGUGUUGAGGUCGUAGGUACAACUGUAAGCAAUUCCGAUCUCAAAUGUCUGUUUAAUGUGAGAAACAACAUGAAAAACACCUGUUAGAUCAUUACAAUGCGGACUGUCAUGCAUUUUUACUAUUACCAACAAGACAACGAAGUGAUACGUGUCAUGGAGACUUAUAACGGAUACUUUCCAAACACCAAAAGUUCCCACGCUGAGCGAUACUGUUUACUACACUAUUAUGCAUACAAUCCAAAUCAUACGUUUAUUGUCAUUCAUACUCUUAUUUUUAACCGAAUAUCUUUGCAAAGGUGUUCCUUGUGUCAAUUCAGAGCUUGGAAAUAUUGUAAUAAUGUGCUUAAGAGGAUAACAGGAUAACACAACAACCACAUUUUCAAUUGACAAUCAUUGCUUUAAAUGGAUGUGGUCGAUAGAUUUGUAUAGGUGGAGCAGUGUGAUGUUGUUCCCCUAGAUUAUGCACCAAAUUGCACACAAGGACCAAUUCAAAUAGGCCAGGUCAAGAGGGGAUGUUAAUAAUUUGAUAAUAAUAAUAAUUCAGUGUAUUUUUUUAAUUGAAUUACAGCUGCAUAGCUAAUGUUUUUCUUUGGUGUAAAAACACUUUUUCAUAUCAAUAUUGUACAUACAUGUGAUUGUAUAUUUUGGUUUGGUCCAUCGCAGGUUAUCUGUAUUUCCAUACCCCCUUAUUGUUCUCUUUUGCCUGACCUUCGGCUUGCAAGGUAUGUUGUCCUUGGCUCCGAAAUUGUUCAAUAUAAAACCGUGGUAAUGUUACACAAUGUACUGUUAUGCACCAUAAAUUUGUUACAAUGUGGAUAAUAUAAAGAUGUAUGUUAUCAAGGUUCACAAAGCUCGCUAACUAGGGUAUCUAUUGUAACUUGUGAGUACUUGGGACAGUGUUUGAGUGAGUGUCCAUGUGCUUGCGCAGGUGCCUGAGAGCUAGGACUGCGCCAAGGGUUAACAUAAUGUGUGUUGUCUCUUCGUGUGCAGGGCAAAUAAAAAAUAAUUCAACUAGCAGACCUCCAGUUGUGGCAGCGUCCUAAUUAAAAGUACACAAUGCAGAACGAACCACGCUACAUGGCAUAUAUAAACAAUGUAUUUAACUUGUAAACCAAGGCUGGAUUAGUUGGUCUAAACAACAUGCACCCCGAUAAUCGCGUCAUGAAUCGGGAUGGGCUCCUACAUCCUCAUAUACACAUUAUGACAUAAUAAAGAGUUUAAUCUUUCACGAAAUAAAGACAAAGAAGCAUACCCAUUUAUACAGGUUCUACACAUUCCAUUUCUCCAUGGCAAUAGAAUGUAAACAUUCUAUUUUGCGCCAAACAUCCCUACAACUCAAUUCUAAGUGCAGCAUAUUGGACGACUCCAGUCAUUGAUCAUUCGCGACUUUAAGUCAUUCCUGUUAUCUCUAGAGCAUCCCGUAUAUCUAUAGCAUUGCAUUUCUUCCUCAUCUUACCAUGGAUAGGGUUUGGUGCAUUCCGGAGUUCACUUAUGGUCCCACAAAGGUAAUCUUAGGAGAAAUUCAUUUUAGCAUACUGUAAAUGCCUGUGCAUAAUGUGCAUAACAAAGCAUCAUUAUUUUCAUGAUCUUCAAAGGAAUUCUGUAGAAGCAGUCUUUAUUUUCAGACUCUGCAGGCCUGCUGGGAGGAAACAUAUUACAAUAAACAGGUAAGAUUCAUCCCACAAAAACAUAAACAACAGAAAGAGAGUUGUAUUUCAAGACAGUUUAGAGAAGGUGGUCAUAAGAGUUCUUAAUAUCACUUGCAAAUUGUGAGGCAUGAGCAGUUGUGAAAUGUUGCGAGAGGCCCUUCUGAAAGCACAUGAUAUGGUAUUUCGUGGCACGGUCUCACACCUUACCUCAUCUUGCAGAAGAAGCUCAUGGUCCACUAUCUCCUGCUCCAGAGUCAAGGCCAGGUCCCGCCCCAUGUCACCACGGAGCACAUGAGCAACUGGCUGGUGUCUCAGGGCAAAAAAUCCCUUAGGGAGAGGGUGUGGAAGGAAACCCUGGAGGAGGGAAACGACCUCGCUCGGCUGGCCUGGGAAGUAAACACUUGCCUAAAAAUGAUGAACAUAGAGCACAAGGCUUUCUGCAAGCUCCGCCGCUCCAUGCACCCCACCUCGCCAGCUGACAUCGAUCCUAAGGUCCACAGCAUCGUGGAGAGAGCUGUGAGGAGCAUUCUGGGCGAGCAGUCCAAAGAGCCCAGUAGCAACCUGCUCAGCCCAUCUCAGGUGGUGGUGGAGGUGGUGCCCAGGCUCCUCCUGGCCCUGUGGCUUCAGCCAGAGGAAGGCCAUUCAGAGCACCCAAUCCUAAUAGGUGGGAUGGCCGUGGGCAUGGUGGCGGCCGUAGUGGAGAAGCUCUCCUGCAUGUUAAAGGACCCUUCCCCUCACAUCCCUUUCUCCCGGGCUGCUGCUUUUGACUCUGUGUGGUCGAUCCUCGGGAGAAUCAGUCAGUCCUUCUCCACCGAUGACCUGCAGAGCCCUUUUUAUACGAGCUCUGUUUGUGCCUUUGUGGCGGACGAGGUGCAGAGCUGCUUCCAGCCCCCUGCAGCCACCCUACCAGUCCCCCCUGUCCUCGCGGUGGCCGCUUCCACCACACUACCAGCUGACAUCCAAGCAGACCCGGCUUCUUCCCACUUCGAGGUUGUAGACAUCACCCCUAACACAGAGGCAUAUCAGGCUUCUUUCCACCUGGAGGUUGUGGACAUCACCCGUAAGACAGAGGCAGACCCGGCAUCUUCCCACCUGGAGGUUGGGGACAUCACCACUAACACAGAGGCAGACCCAGCAUCUUCCCACCUGGAGGUUGAGGACAUCACCACUAACACAGAGGGAGAUCAGGCUUCUUCCCACCUGGAGGUUGUGGACAUCACCAGUAACACAGAGGCAGAUCCGGCUUCUUCCCACCUGAAUGUUGUGGACAGAGCUUCUUCCCACCAUGGAGGCAGACCCGGCUUCUUCCCACCUGAGGUUGUGGACAUCACCCGUAAGACAGAGGCAGAUCCGGCUUCUUCGCACCUGAAUGUUGUGGACAUCACCAGUAACACAGAGGCAGACCCAGGUUCUUCCCACCUGAAUGUUGUGGACAUAACCCCUAAUACAGAGGCAGAGCCCAUCUCUUCCCUCUUGGAGGUUGUGGACGUCACACCUGAAGAAAGGACUCUCACGAUGGCCGUCUCCGCCACUCUGCCAGCUGACAUCCAAGCAGGUGAGUAA